AUUCGGCACGCGUCAUAUGUACUAGUAUAUAUAAGGUUUUAUCUGUAAAAUUAUCCACAUUGUGAAACAAGUUCUCAGUGAAAAAUGUACUCCUGGAUUCUAGUAGCGGCGCUCGCGCUUUUGCGAGGAGUGUCUGGUCAGUUCGGGAUCUGUGCGGAGAUGUGCGUGCCCGGGGGGUGUCCGGAUGGUCAGGCCUGCCUGUCCAACGGCUGCGGACACACCUGUCAGACCGUCCCGUCAACCACCGUCGGGCUGGAGCAGUUCUGCCCGGAUACGACAGGCAUGAUCGGCAUCUGUGUGGAAGGUUGUGGUUCCUUUAGCUGGGGAGGGCAGUGGGCUCUGCAGAAGUUCGGCAGCUGUCCGGCCGGCCAGGCCUGCUGUUCUAACGGCUGCGGACACGUCUGCAUGCCUGUUCAACAAACACGGGUGAUCCCAGCCGAUCAGAAGGACUUGGCCAGUACCCUGCAGGACCUGAUCGACUUUCCCCUCGUCUGUGCGCUGUACUGCCCUUGCGGAUACAGCGGGCCCUGCAGCUGCCAGCAAUGCACCGUGUUGGAACCUUGGGAAGACCUGGUCAACCAGCCCAUCCUGUCUUAAGAGAUGACAUCACUUCAACCCGUUGACAGGCAUGAAGAAGUCAAGAACUGUCAUAACAAAAUAAAUCAUAACAAAAACA